UGUGCUCUCUCCGAUCUGCACGCCCAGCCCCGCCUAAUUCUUUUAGCUUCAUAAUUGGAAACCUUGACCUGAUCCAAAAAGGACUUUGUAGCAACCAGAGGAGCAUCAGCGGGUCGGGGGAGAGGGUGGGGGAGGGGCGGGGGCCUUGGGGAGGGGGGACCCUUUGUGGAUUUUCUUUGCCUUUGUGUUCAAUGCCGUGUGGGAAAAGUCAACUCCGAUGCCACCAUCACACGACCCUGAUGGGCCUCGAGGGCCGAGGAAGGGUGCUUUCUUCCUCACAGUCUCCACCGAGAACUCGCCCCCGCCCCCCACCAUUGGGACAAGAAAACCCAGACAUGUCAUUGCACCGUCCUGUGUCCUCGCCAUUGCUAUGCAAAGUGAUUCUUGUUGUACAUAAGAUUUAAAUAAUGCGCCUAUUUAAGAAAUGUUGACAAAUUGCGGGUCUGGGACCUGCCUCUUAUUUAUGAAGUCUUUGACCCUCCCUCCCUCCCUCCUGCCCUCCCACCCCGCCCUCCCCUGGCCUGUAGUACUGUAUAAACCAGUCAGCUGUUGGGGUAGUGGUAGUAUUAUUGUUAUUUUUUUAAAGGAAACAGACAAAAAAAAAAAAAACCUCCUUGGAAAAUUAAUUGCUUUUUCGUAAUGGAUUCUGUAUGCUAAUGCUCGGCCGUCUGUCCGCCCGCCCCCACUGUGCGUUUCCAAUUCCCAGAUGUCUCCAACUUGCCCCCGGGUGAGGGUCAGGCUGGGGGGCAGAAGUGGGGUCCCCACGUUGUAGUCCUGUUCCUGCCAGGCCCCGGCUUUCUCUCAGCCCCCUCUUACGCCGUUUGGGGGGUGCUAACCUGUCCUCCCUGGUCCAUCCCCUGGAAGAGCUGCCCCGGCCCCGUCCCCCGGAGAGCUCCCAUCUCCGGUGGCCUCUGCCAUCCCUGUCCCCACUGAGACUGCGGCCUGUGGCCUCCCCGCCAUGUGUGCUUCACGUGGUCUCCUCACGCAUGCCUGCUUCUCUGCAUGGUCUCUUGGGAGAAGAGAGAGACGUCGCCUCCACCAGCCUGACUGCCCACCCCACCCCUAUGAAUGUGACCGCUACAGCACAGACACCCUUUCUGUCCCCACACCUGCCCCGAAGACAAACCAACCUCCGUUUCUUUUGUAAACAGUCGGCUUUUUCUUAACAAGCCCUCCCUGUACAGAACAGCCCUUUUAUGGUUUACUUGGGGUCCCCUCUCCCCCCAAGCCCCCUCUUCUGUUGGUUUAGCACAAAUACCGUCCCUCUCCGGCACCCCCAGCCCUGACCCCUCAGUCAAUGUAAUUGUUUUAUAUAUAUUUAAUCUUAUUCAAUGGAAACCAUGCUUUUGUCGUUUUAUACUUUGCUAGGUAGACUUUAUUACCCCCCCCCCGACUAUGCCCUCAUUUUUUUAAAAAAGGAAAAAAAAAAAGAAAUUGGGUUUCAGUCUUAAUUCAUUUUACGUGCCAGGUUUUAUUUUGUGUGUGCGUGUGAGUGUGUUCUGUUUCGUGUUUUGUUUUCUUCUGUUGUUGUUGUUUUCUGUUGUUUGGUUUUAUUCUCUCCCCUCCGGUCCCAAACUUCAUAGCACUCUGGUGCAGGAAGAAGCAGAAGCAAAAACAAAAAAACAAAAAAACAAAAAAAACAAAAAAACAACAACAAAAAAAAAACUCUAAAAAAGAAAAAAAAAGAGCCGAGACAUGCCAUCUUUUCCCUUCGCACUGUUGCUUUUCCUGAUGGUUAAUACUACUGUCACGUUAGCUGUGUUCAGAGAUGUGAAAUACUUUCAGGCAAAAAUAAACUGUAAGUGACUCAUUGACAUCUGGCCUUUCUGUGUGGCUUCGAGGGAGCCUUUCGGCGGGGACGGGAAGGGGACAAGACCUGGGCCGAGGUCAGGACUCCUCUGAACGUCCCGAGCUGCUCACCCUCGGCACCGUUGACAUUGGGGGCCAGACCCUCCUUUGUCACGAGGCUGUUCUGUGCAUCCGAGAAUGUCCUGCGUUGUCCCUGGCCUCGGCCUGCUAGAUGCCAAUAGUACCCAGUCCCCCCGCCCCCAGACUAACAACCAAAAAUGUCCACCAGGGACAAAAUCACUCCCUGGGGGAAACCCAGGCUGCCAGUCUCUGCAUCAGGGCCCUUACGGCAGCUCUCGUCCAGAACUUCUAGGACCGAUGGGCCUGUUCGUCACCUGGGGGUCUUGGGAAAAUGCGAGUUACGAUUUCCAAGGUCUGGGCGGGGCCCGAGACUCUGCUUUCCGGGACCUCUGGGAAACCCAGAUGCUGCUGGUUUUUGGAAGCCUCUCUGAGUUCAGCAGCCUAGAACCAUCCACCCGGCUGCCCGCUCACCCACAUGUCCCCAGGAGGCAGUUGGAGGAGUCCAAGGAGAGACUUUGUUUCCACUCCUCUCCUAAGUCAUUCGCUUUGCAGGGUUUCUUUGCCCGGUGUUACCCCAGCCCAGUGGCCCGUCGCUCACGCCCCACAUCCAGCACGUUGCCUGCCUUCAGAAGCCGCUUGAGAAUGUUCCUGAGUCUCCUCCUCCUCCUCCUCCAUCAGUAUCUCCACCGCCCUCACCCUGGGCCGGGCCCCUCAUCCCUGUCCAGGGGACCCAGCAGCCGCCUCGCUGCCUCCCUGGUCCAUCCUACACCACCUUCCUACCCUCACUACCUGCCCUGCCUCUCCACAUCCCUGCUGCCCGCUCCUGGCCCUCCUCACUUCCAGAGGCCUCCGGCCACACAGGGAAAGCAGGAGCCGUGGGCGAGGAUCAGGAGGGCCCCAGACUUCAGGCGUGGCGGGUGGGCCACCUGCAGGUGGAGACGUGCGGGUACGAGGCGCGAACGCCUGCUCCAUCCCCGAUCCUUCCCACCCGGGAGAGGGGGGCGGCUCACAGCAGGUGCGCCCGAUACCAGAUGGAAGGGGGGGGUCCCUGCCGGCCGUCCCGUCCUCAGUCCUCCUCCUCGCUCUGUCCUGCGUCACCUGGGGCUCCUCCGCCCACUGGCUUCUGGGGGAGCCUGGAGAGUGAGGCUGCCCGGCCAGGGGUUCCCCUGGGCGUCCCAGCUUCACAGUAGUUCCCUCCACAGCUCUGGCUCUCGGAGGAACACCUCUCCCCUCUCCGGGUCUUAGUCUGGCGGGACCUGCCCGCUCCCGCUGGGGAACCUCACAUCCUUUGCCCCCGCCUGCCCCCCGGAAUGCCCAGAGUCCAGCCAGUGCCCUCCCCCGGCACAGCCGAGCCACGGUGUGUCUUUACUUUUAACCCAGUGGCUUGAAACAACAGAAACUUACUCUCUUGAGGUUCUAAAGACCAGGACGUCAGCAGGGCCCCGCACUGUCUGAAAACUCUAGAGGAGAAAACUUUCCCUCUCUCUUCCAGCUCCCGGGGGGGUCCUGGUGUUCCCGGUUGUGGCUUUGCCCCUCCAGCCUCGGCUGUGUCCCACACGCCAACCCCCCACCCCUUCUCCAGCGAAUCUCCCUCUGCUUUCUCUUAUCAGGACAUCUGCCAUUGGAUUUAGGACCCACCUGGAUGACCCAGGAUGACCCCGUGCGUGGACAGAUCCUUAACAUGAUCACACCCGCAAAGACUCUUUUUCCAAAUAAGGUCACAAGCCCCCGUUCCAGGUGAAUGUGUCUUCUGGAUUCGACGUUUCAUUAAUCCUCCUUUGAUGACUGGGGUUCAUCUUGAAGGCUAUGAAUGAUAGGGAGAUUGCAAUGAUCGGACUCAUUUUCUAACGAAAUGCUUACACCGCCCCUCCUGUGUGCCAGGCACAGUAGCAAGGGUAAGGCUUGUAGGUCUGAACUCAUUUACACCUGAUACGCCUAAGGGGUGGGUGCAGAUAGGACCCCUCUUGACCGAUGGGGAAGUGGAGGCCAGGAGAGGGUGGGUCUCUUGGUCAAGGCCACACGGGGAGCGGGGGACGCAGCCAACCUUAGAAGCCAGGCAUUUUGGGAAGAUCUCUCCGCUGCUGGCUGGUGAAUGGAUGGGGCUGGGACCAGGGCAGGGACCUUGGAAAGAAAGAUUCAAGAGGAGCUUGGGAGUGAAAGUGCGGAACACGCUGCCUGGUAUGGAGGGAAGGCCAGCAAGGAGUCAAGGGUAACGUUCACGUUCCUUGGCUUCUUCUCACUGGGGGCUUCGUGGGCCUAGAAUUAGCACCUCUGCCUGGCAGCAGCUUUCUCAGUGGCCUGCAGGGCUGGUGUGUCAGUGC